CCCCCAAACAAGCCCAAAGAGAAGCAUCCCAAGCAAGCAAUAGCAUCAUCUCCACAGCCUAGGCUAGCUAGCAAGUGAUCGUUCGAUCAGUAGCCACUUAAGCUCUCAGCAAUGGCGCGUGCCUCCAACAGCUCCAACAAGCUGGCCUUGUUCCUGGCCCUAAACCUGGUCCUCCUGUCAGGCAGCGUCCACGGCUGCAGCUACUGCCCGACGCCGACGCCGGCGGUGCCGACGCCGCCGAUCGUGGUGCCGCCGCCGCCAUACAUUCCCCCAACGCCGGCGGUGCCGGUGCCAUCUGGGGGCGGCGGCGCGUGCCCGAUCGACACGCUGAAGCUGAGCGCUUGCGCCAGCGUGCUGAGCCUGCUGAAGCUCGGUCUGAACGUACCGGCCAGCGAGCAGUGCUGCCCGCUGCUGUCGGGGCUGGCCGAUUUGGACGCCGCCGUCUGCCUCUGCACUGCCAUCAAGGCCAAUGUCCUGGGACUUGUCAGUGUUAACGUCAAGGUCGACCUCACGCUGCUGCUUAACCAGUGUGGCAAGAUCUGCCCCGCCGACUUCACAUGCUCCCUCUGAGAUCUCAAUAUAUCUCAGCCGUCCAUCGUCGAUGCAUGCAUCGUUGUUAUCUUGUGAUUUGCAUGCCGCCUACGUACGUUCCCCGGUUCAUAUAUGUGUCAGUCGCAUGCGUGCAUGCUUAAGUUUACUGUCAUGGUCGACUAUACGUAAAAAGUGUAAGCAGUGUAAUGGUGUGUGUGUGUGUGGUGUUGUAUCUUUGGUCUGGGUUGAAUACUGUGUUUGUGUACGUACGACUGUACAUGCAUAUACAUUGGGUAUACGUGGAAUAAAAGUGUUUGUUAUACAAA